AAACACCGCGAAACGUGAAAACAACCGCAUGUCCAACCGAACUGUUUCCAAAGUGUGAAUCUGCGUACGAAAUCCCCGUGUGCUGCGGUAGACACCAGGCACCUGCUGACUUCGUUCCCUUGAGCACUCUUUCUUCCCGAGACCGAAGCGUUUCCAUUAUGGGUCCUUCCCCUGCGAGGCGCUUCCCAGUCCCGAGGGCGAGCUGCGGGCAGCGUCCAGCGCCGCCGCUCGGAUUCGGCCCUUCACCGAGGGACGCCUGAAUGACUCGGGCAUUUCCUCCUCGCGCUUCCGAAGAGGUUCCAGUUUGCGCGCCUGUUUGAAAACCCGCCAAAGGGUGUGCAAAAUCAGAGGCUUUGGGACAAGCAGUGUGGUUUUUUUUUUUUUUUUCCUUUCUUCUCCUGAGCUUCCCGCGACCUAAAAGGAUCUCACUUGUCUGCAAAGGGGGAGGGAGACUCGUCCUUGGGAUUAAAGCUCAAGGCUAGGGAAUGAGAAUGAGUUUUCGGAUGACAGCGGGGAAUUUAAUGCAACGUGAGAGGUCUACCAUUUGACUUGCGUACAUUUCGGUUACGAAUGAAAGGAAAGAUGUUCCCCGCUUCCCCGCACACUGUCUAAUCUCAUUCCUUCUCGGUUCUCCAGGCUCCCCGCAGGCCCCGGGACGUUCGGACACCUGUGAAGCAGAAUUCAAUGGCUGAGGGAAAUGAAACUGUUUUCGCGGCUCUGCGGGGUGUGCGGGAGGUGCACUCGUGAAGAGUGAGAUUCGUUUCCUGGGAAGGAAAGUGGGAUUUUCCUGAUCACGAUAUUCCCGCACUGGGGGGCUGGGGUGGCUGCACUGGGCGCUCCCGACCCAGGGCCUGCGCUCGGGCCCAGGCUGCCUCAGGCCGUGAAGGGCCUCUGUGACGCGGCAUUCCAGGCCGAGGGACCCCCGAGCCCGCAGACUGAGCGGCCUGGCGGCCGGGGCGGCGGCGGCAUGAACUAUGAGCACCUUCCCGUGGUGAUCGACAAUGGCUCGGGGGUGAUCAAGGCGGGUAUGGCCGGGAGCCGCGAGCCCCAGUUUGUCUACCCCAACAUUGUGGGCCGCGCCAAGGGCCAGAACUGGGCGGUCGAGGGCGCGCAAGAGCUGUGCGUGGGCGACCAGGCGCAGGACCGGAGAAGCUCGCUGUCCAUCAGCUACCCGGUGGAGCGCGGUCUCAUCACUUCCUGGGGGGACAUGGAGAUCAUGUGGAAGCACAUCUACGACGCCAACCUGAAGCUCAAACCCUGCGAGGGCCCAGUCCUGAUCACGGAGCCGGCUCUGAACCCCUUGGCCAGCCGACAGCGCAUCGCCGAGGUGUUUUUUGAGCACCUAGAUGUGCCUGCCUUCUACAUGUCCAUCCAGGCUGUGCUGGCUCUCUUUGCUGCUGGCUUCACUACUGGCUUUGUGCUGAAUUCAGGCGCCGGGGCUACCCAGUGUGUGCCCAUCUUUGAGGGCUACUGUCUGCCUCAUGGUGUCCAGCAGCUGGAUCUGGCAGGCCUCGACCUCACCAGCUACCUCAUGAUGCUCUUGAAAGACCAUGGGAUCAUGCUGCUCAGUGCUGCAGACAGAAAGGUGGUCGCAGACAUUAAGGAGACCACCUGUUAUGUAGCAAUGAACUAUGAAGAGGAAAUGGCCAAGAAACCUGAGAGUAUAGAGAAAGUUUACCAACUCCCCGAUGGGAAGAUGAUCAAGCUUCAUGAGCAGCUCUUUCGUUGUCCAGAGGCCCUCUUCUGUCCAAGUUUCAUGAACGUGGAUGGCCCUGGCAUUGAUAAGAUGUGCUUCAGCAGCAUAAUGAAAUGCGAUACAGAGCUGAGAAAUUCCUUCUUCUCCAAUAUUAUCCUUUCUGGGGGAUCAACCUCUUUCCCUGGCUUAGACAAGCGGCUGGUUAAGGAUAUAGCAAAGGUGGCACCCGCCAACACGCCAGUACAGGUUACAGCUCCCCCAGAAAGGAAAAUAUCAGUGUGGAUGGGAGGUUCUAUUCUUGCAUCCCUGUCUGCCUUCCAGGACAUGUGGAUCACUGCUGCAGAAUUUAAAGAAGUGGGGCCCAACAUAGUACACCAAAGAUGCUUCUGAAAUGCAGAUAAAAUGGUUAGAAAAAAAUGUUUUUUGUAUAUGUGACAGAAAACUUUCGCUAUUAUGUUUCUGGGAGAACAGAAAAUAUUUCAGUGAUUGGGAUGCCCAUGUCUUUGUUGCAUUUCUAUAAAUAGGGUAAAUAAUAAUGGUGAGAUACUCAAACAACACAUGUUGAGUAGAACAAAGUUAAAUGCUAUGCAUUUAUUUAUUUACUUGCAAGACAGACACACAAAGAGGGUGAGACAGAGACAGAGCUCUUCCAUCUGCUAGCUCCAUCUCUAAUUGCCUUUAACAGCCAGGCCCAGGAGCUUCAUUCUAGUCUCCUACCUUGGUAGCAGGGCCCAAGGACUUAGAUCAUCUUCUGAUGCCUCCCAGGUGCGUUAGCCAAAGGCUGAAUCCAAAGUGCAGAGUAGGCGGUACUGGAAGAGCACUCCAAUAUGAGAUGUGGGCAUCCCAGGCAGCUACUUAACCCAUUGUACCACAAUGCCUGCCCCUUGAAACACUAUUCUUGACCUCGAAGAGCUUAUAUUUCCUUAAAAGAGAGGGCAAUUGAGGUACAAUGUGCUGUGUGUCCAAUGAGUGCUGUAAGAUGAAAGUUUUUUGAAGAAGGGAAGUAAAGGAGGUUGCUGUGCUGCUACGGGUGGCAUUAGGGUGGGUGGGGAAAAAGAAGGCAGAUAUCCAGGCAAGCACAAUGAGAUGAGAAAGGAACCUGUGAUGAAAAUGGACAAAGUGUAUUCAAGGCAUGCUGAAUAGACUUAUUAUGUUACAAUGAAGAGCGCGUAUGCAAUGGUGUGAGUUAUGAGUAGGGAAGCAAUUGAAAAAAAGAUUUAUUUAUUGGAAAGCCAGAGUUAGAGAGAGAGAGAGAGAGAGAGAACUAACUUCCAUCUGCUGGCUCACUCCCCAAAUGGCCACAACAGGUGUGGCUGGGCCGGGCCCAAACCAGUAGCCAGGAACUCCAUCCAGGUCUCCCAUGUGGGUGGCAGGGGUCCAAAGACCACUGCCUUCCCAGGCACAUUGACAAGGAGCUGGAUCAGCAGCAGAGUAGCAGGGAGCUGCUUAUAUGGGAUUCCGACAUCAAGGGUGGCUUAACCUACUGCACUAUUAUGCCAGCCCCACGAAGGCAAAUUAAGGCCAGGGACUGAAAGGCUUUAUGUGCUAAAUGUCCUAUAGCCAAAGGGGAUCAAUUAAAGAUUUAGAAGCAGUAGACACAGGAAUGUUAAGGUAAAUGUGGAAGUGAUUUGGAGAAUAAAUUGGAAAGAGCCUUGAUGAUUUCGUAGUUAGGAAAUUGUUAGAAAUAAAGUAGCCAAGUCUUGUGCUCCAGACUAUCAGCAAUAGGAAAAAGAAGAAAUUAUGAAAAACUGACAAGACUCCAUGACGUGAAAGGGAAAGUUGGGACUGAGAUGUUCUGGAUAGCUAGAGAAUGGUGGUAUUACUGAUAUAACUCAAAGUAUUUAGUGUUUGCUCUAUGCAAGGUACUGUGCUAAGCGCAAUGGGUGCUAAAUCAGGAGUAAGAUCUAAUCAUAAGAAACUGUCAGUCUAGUAGAAGAGAUGAAGAUCAUACCUAAAUGCCAGUGACACAAGGUAGAAAGUGGUUUAGUGACCUAAAAAAUAUAAAAUACUCUGUAGAUCUGUAAGAGGGUCUAGUACCAUCUGAAGAUCAAGUUAAAGAUUUUUCUAGUAGAUUUAGCUUUAGGUCUUUGUUUAAAGGACAGCUAGAAUUUAUUUUUUUUAAAGAUUAUUUAUUUGAAGUCAGAGUUACACAGAGAGAGAGAGGUCUUCCAUCUGAUGGUUCACUCACAACAGCCAGAGCCGCCGAUCGAUCCAAAGCCAGGAGCCAGGAGCCUCUUCUUGGUCUCCCACGUGGGUACAGGGGCCCAAGGAGUUGGGCUGUCUUCUACUGCUUUCCCAGGCCAUAGCAGAGAACUGGAUAGGAAGUGGAGCAGCCGGGUCUCGAACUGAGGCCCACAUGGGAUGCUGGCGCUUCAGGCCAGCGCGUUAACCCACUGCGCCGGCCCCAGGCCAGCUAGAAUUUAAACCCAAAGAAGUGCCUUUCCCUUUGUAUUUAGGGACAAUGAUUUGUAUGACUUAAGCAAGUUGUUUAAACAUUUUGAAGACAAAUCUCUUCAGUAAAAUGGGGUUUCCCAAUCUUGUCUGUCUCACAGGGUCACUGUGAAGGUGAGAUAAUGUACUUACAGGCACUUUCAAAAUGCAGUAUGUUGCCUUUGAGAAUUAGAGAAUUUACAGUUCUGGUCCACUUCCUCCAUGGCAUCCAGGUAUGCCUUUGUGUUGUCCAGUGGUGCAGUCAGGAGGUAUAGAAAUAUACAGAACCGACCAGAGAACUGCAGAGCCAGGGCGCCAAGACAAUAGGCAUGUACAAGUAGUAGGAAGAAACUGGGUUUGGCAUGAUUAAAACCUUUGUGAAGAAGUGCCCUUCAUUCCUUGAUUGUAAACAAGACUAGAUUGGGUAACUUGUAGGAAACAAGGGCGGUGGAAACAGCUGAUGCUAGUAGCAUCCCUAUAUUAACAAGCAUUGCAGAGGAUGAUCCUAACCCCUCUGUUUAAAGCAAUUUAAAGAAAAUAUAGCUCAUCAUAGCAUUUUAUACAUCAGUACCCCAGAGAGUGAGGCAAGAAAGGUGUUAUUCCCAUUUUAGAAGUUUACAUAUUGCGACUUGAAAUGGUUAAGAGAUAAAAGUUUAAAGUGAUACUGAAGUACCUUGCUCGGCUAGCCGGGCACAUGGCCUCUUGGGCAGUGAAUUGAUUAACUAGCUGGCAAUAUUCUUAUAGAUUCACUAAUAGUUCUUUCCCCUGCAGUAACUCGAGAUAGGGGGAAUAAAACGUGAACAUUCAGUUAUAGUUCCCUCGCUUUAAAAAUGGUUGCAAACUAACCCUCCCCCCUCUUAAAAAAGAUAUUUAUUUAUUUAUUUCAAAGAAUUACACAAAGAGAACAAAAGGCACAGAGAGAGAGAGAGAGGGAGGUCUUCCAUGUGCUGGUAUACUACCCAAUUGGCCGCAUAGGCCGCAGCUGUGCCUGUUGGAAGCCAGGGGCUUCCAGUUUCCUCCAGUUCUCCCAGGCGGGUGCAGGGCCCAGGCACUUGCUUGGACCACCUUUCACCGCUUUCCCAGGCCAUAGCAGGGAGCUGGAUCAGAAGUAGGUCAGCUGGGACUCUAACCGCACAGCACCUAUUUAUUUCAUUUUUAUCUGAAAGAGUUAGAGAGAGAGGUAGGGACAGAGAGAGGUGUUCUGUUUGCUGGUUCACUACCCCAGAGGGCCGCACCGGCAGGAGCUGCGCAGAUCCGAAGCCUGGAGCUUCUUCCAAGUCUCCCACUUGGGUGCAGGGGCCCAAGGACCGUGGUCAUCCUCUACUGCCUUCCAGGGCCACAGCAGGAAGCGGGACUGGAAGAGGAGCAGUCAGGACUAGAACCGGCGCCCAAAUGCCAGCGCUGCAGGCCAGGGAUUUAACGUUACCCCCUCCCCCCUUUUAACUUCUCACUUUUACUUCUCUGAGAUCAAGAACCAAUGGAGACAACCUCCCGCAGUUCACCCAAUCCAACAGAGGUUAAACGUUUAAGAUCAGCCGAACAGUUAUAAGCCACUUACAGUGUAAAACGUUUAAGAUCGGCCGACCGGUUAUAUGUAAAACCACUUACUCUGGACCUAAAAAAAAAAAAAAACCAUUUCUGGCGUAUUCUUUUUAGUCUUAAUGACUACAGUCAUUCAGACUUUAAAGCAAAGGCAAUGAUUGCAAAGCCUUUCUUUCCUAAGAAAAGGGAGAUUCCGUCCUUAAUAUUAAAACUAAGAAUGAAGUAGUAACAUAAUAAAGUCCAUCCUCUGCUUAAGAAGCUUAAGAAGCGAGAGUUCAGAGAAGGGGACGGGCGCCCAUUGGGCCGGGCGGGCACCUGGUUUCAUCAGGGCUGCCUGGGAAUCUAUUUUUACAAAGUCCUCCAACCAGUGUGGCAAGUAAAACUUGGAACCGCUGUUCUGUGUGGUCAUCUCUAAACAUUUUCCUACGAACUCCGUUUUCCUAUGAACUCCAUUUUCUUUGACGACAGUCAAGGCGCACCCGCCUCCGGUCCGUAAAGCGGCUCCACGCAGCUUCGCCUCUGGAACAGCCGGAAGAUCAGAUCUAGACGCCGGCUCGACGCGGGGGCGGGGCCGCGCUCGGCCUCGUGGCCGGAUACGGAGCUUUGGAAAACCUCGCGAUAGCCGGGGACGCUCGGCCUCGGCCAAUCCGCGCGCGCAGCGCCGCUCCCUUUAUAAGACGACUCCGGCCGGCGCGCGGCGGGCUGAGGAGGGUGGGCUCGGGAGGGGCCCGGUCAUUUCUCAUCUAACCCUAACUGAGCAGGGCGUAGGCGCCGCGCUUUUGUUUCCCCGCGCGCUGUUUUUCUCGCUGACUUUCAGCGCGUGGGAAAAGCCUUGGCCUACCGCCGUCCACCGUUCAUUUCGCAGUAAACAAAAAAUGUCAGCCGCUGGCCGGUUCGCCCUUCCCGGGGACCUGCGGUGGCUCGCCCGCCCGGCCCCCGUGCCCCGCCUGAGGCCGCGGUCGGCCCGGGGCUUCUCCGGAGGUGCCCAAUGCCGCCGCGAAGAGUUAGGCUCUGUCAGCCGCGGGUCCCUCGGGGGCCAAGGGCGAGGCGCAGGCCGUCUGGCCGCAGGGAGAGGAACGGAGCGGGUCCCCCAGCGUGGUGCGCUUCCCUGAGCUGUGGGACUUGCACCCGGGACUCGGCUCAAACACGCUACCUGCCGAGGCGCGCUGCAGUGUGCCUUCCCUCGUUAUCGAGGGUGUGUUUGUGGACCCCAAACGUGGCCGAUGGGGCCGUGGUGCGUGCACAUGGGAGCCGGGACGCACUUGCAAGGUUGGCCAGAUGAGUGGGCAGUGAGCCAAGGUUGCCAGCUACAGGUUGCUGAGUAUGUCUCACUCUCCCGCUUUUUGUUAGUAAAGUCUAGUUCGUGCUCUGCA